ACUAAUAAUUGCACCAUGACAACCUUGCGAAACCUGCCAGCACUCGUCAGGAAGCAAUUCAUAUCUGCCCAAGAGAGCGGAGAUUUAACUUUCUAUGCAACUCGGGUCUCCAUCCUGCAAUGCGAGGGAUUACCAUUUCAAUUGCGCUUCUCUCCAGCUCUUGCAAAUAAGCCAAAGUCUAGUAAACCCAAGUCUCCUUCCUCGAAACCAUUCGAUCCUUUCGACAAUCCUCCAGCAGGCCUCUUUAUCACAUCUCUCCCACCGUCCCAUUUCCUUGUCCUGAACAAAUUCCCAGUCAUCCCUGACCACUUUAUACUUGCCACCAAGGACUUCAAACAGCAAACCGGCUUACUGGAUAAGGACGACCUGGAAGCCGCUUACGCAUGCCUGAAGGCUUACAAAGACAAUGGCGAGGAAUUGUUCGGUUUCUUCAAUUCGGGUGAACACUCGGGCGCGAGCCAACCGCAUAGGCAUAUCCAGUUCCUGCCAGUUGAAUCCAUGCGAAGUGGCAUUGGACCGGAUGCCAAGUGGAACGUCCUGGUAGAUAGUUUGGUGAAGGAAACAAAACCUGAACUACCCUUCUCAUAUUUCUCUGCCCAGAUCCCCAAAAAUGCUUCAGGAGAAGACAUUCAUCGGAUCUACACCGAUCUUCAUGGUCUAGCCUGUCGAUUGGUGAAGAAUAUUGAAGCUGCCGAUCCAAGUGCAGGUAUUUCAUUACAAGAAUCACCUAUCAGUUACAAUCUUGGCUUUACUGUUCGAGCAAUCGUUCUAUGCCCUCGCAUUUCUGAGGGUUUGAAAAUUCAGGCCAGCUCUGGUGACGCUAUUGGACCCAUUGCCCUGAAUGGAACUGUCCUCGGAGGAACUCUACUCGUUAAGAGUGAAGAGGAAUGGAAUGUGUUGCAGAAAGAUGAAUCGAAAUUAAUAAACAUAUUAGCAGCCAUCGGAGUACCACCUACAUUGGAUCAAGAAGGCCGACUGUAAUUCAAAUCACGGACGAAUUGCCUUGAUUUUGACCUGCAAAACAAACGCUCUACUACAAUACAUGGCUCAUAGACGAGCAAAAGGCCACGCCAUACUACAAACCAUACUCCUACACUUUUUAAAUCCUAGGAUACACCAUGGAACCCGCGCUACUUCAUUGGAAAGCCGAGCUUUGAAAUUGAUGCUGUCAGUUUGACGUGCCAGCCAUCAUAAUGUGCCACAGGUCUGGUCUUACACAUGUUCCCCUGCAAGCAUGCAAGCGGACAACAGUGCUUAGAUUGUUCCCACUAAUUGCCAUCGACUUCUUCCUUCAAGCUCGUCCCAACGCUUGCGACACGUAGAAUUGCCGAAGUGGUACGACCCUCCAUUAUUGGCGAUGUAUUCAGCGACUAGCUUCCAGGGAAUUUUGCCUUUGGCUCUGUCGGAUUCUCUGCUGAGCUUCAGUACAGCUCUCUUCAGAAGCCGAACCUGCUUUGCAAUCAGUCCUGUAGUUGCUUUGCUAGGCACUUGAAACUCACAUCAUUAUCUUCCCACUCUGGUUUCCUUACUCGUUGAGUCUUGUCCUUCGUCAGGGUGCGGAAACGUCCUCUGAGGGUUGAUUCUGCCUCUUUGAAGUUUCCUUGCCGACGAAUGUCUUUGUAACUCAUUCCAGCCAAUCUCGAGUUGACUAGGAACUCAUCUCUGGAUUCUCGGGUCUCUAAUACUUGUGCUUCAGCUCUGGGCUGUGGUGAAAUCGCUGGCUGCCAGGCCUUUGGAUCAAUCCACGCGGGGGUGGCAACUGAUCUUGGAGAGCAAGCCUCCGAAAUACGUGGGCUCGGACUCGGACUGUGAUUGUAGGAGGGAUUCUGGAUGUCUUUUGGUGGAGGACUGCUCUUUCUGCGAGUGUAACGUGGAAAUUUGAUCACCUUCGAAUGCUUCUUGGCGUUUCUGCUCGGAGGGAAAUCAUUGCUGGGCACUACCGGUACGAAUCUGCGAGAGCUGGGGACGCAGUCGGGAAGCGCUGUACGGUGCCGACGAAGAGGUUGUGGCUCAACAAGUUGGAGUUCUUCCGGAAUAAAUCUCACUCCAGGGCCAUCAACCGCCAUGACAGGACUGGAGUCGGACAGUGCCAGCAAUGAGUCUUGGCUUGAUCCAGAGGAUGAGAGAGACGCUGACGAGACGUUCAAAGUCAGCAACUUAGGAGAUAUAGUGUUGGAAGCCAGGGAUUGCGGACCCCAUGUCGAUGUUGAUCCAGAGGUGGAGCUCCAAGGAUCGCUGUAUUGCUGCGGUGGGCAUCUCGGCAAUCCGUCGUUACUAAAAGGAAGCUCAAACGAGCUUAUAGGCCCUUUACUUCCGCGCAAAUUGUCUGGCCAACAGUAGGCCUUGAUAGUCGAUAUGUCACUGCUCCUGGUAUUAGUAGAGUCUAUCGUUCGACAGUCGGCAAAUGCUUGCGGUUCUGAGUAGCUGCUGUGAACAAUUUCAGCGCUUGUGGCGGAGAUUUUCAUUGAAUUGUCUUGCAUGGAGGUUCUCUCAGCAUAUGUCGAUUGAGGUAAACCAGAAGGCGAUGUGAACGAUGAAUUGCCGCCGUUAGCCUGAGGUUGAUGGCCGACAUUCUUCAAGACGUUUCGUACGCUCGAAAAUUCAGCAAAGCUUCCUCGUCCUCGGACCAAGCUCAUCUGGGAAUAGUCAUUCCCUAGCAUUGGGCUUGGUCUUCCGAGACAUAUCAUUUCGCUUGUUUGCUCCUGGUACGGUGGUUGCGAGGUGGAGAUAUUUUCGUAGGAUUGGUGUUGAGGUUGGUGUGCCUGCGAGUAGCCCACGAUUCCAGGCAAAUCUACAGCUUGGCUCGGGGUAACACAACAUGUCUCUGGGUAGUAUCCUCCGUACAGGCUGUGAACCUGUCGAGUUGUCAGUUAUGAGAAAGACCUUUGUUGAUCGAGGAUUGCCAACUUGAAAGUUUUCGUUGUUGCUGUACUCAUCGAGGUUUCCAUCCCAGCUGCCACUAGUUGACGAUAACACGGGCCUGAAGAUACUCCAAGCCUUGGCAUCGUUGUUCGCCAUCUCAACAAGUCUUUGAUGAAACGCCGCCUCCGUUCCGUGGAAUGGGACAAAGGCUUCGAAGCCGUUGGAGACAUAUCCGGGCUCCGCGUUGAUAAACAUUGUGGUAAUACUCUCACCGCUGUACUGUUUCAGGGACUAUGUAGCCUUGCGUUGAUUCGGCUUCUACCUAGAACGUCUGACGUACUUCAGAAGCAGGAUGCCCGUGCCCUUCGAUGCCGGUAAUGCUAUGCAACAAAGCCUCCAAACAGAGUCAAACUUGCAGGCGGUCAGCGAUGAGACUUUGCGUCAAUGAUCAGGUAUUCAAUCUCUUGAGAUUGAGUGGAUGGGAUGAUCCCACUGGACUAUCGGCAGUCGUGGAAGAGAUGUCGAUCACCGGGGAAUGUACAGAACAACUCUCUGGUUAGAUUUCCGAUAUGCAGUCUACAUCAGGUCUACUUGCAGUCAUUAGUCCGUACGGUACUGCCACACCGCCAGCAUAGUAGGGGAGUGAGGUUGUUUACCUAGGGCCAGGCGUGUUUCCCUCCUCGUUACCAGACUACGCCGAGACGUUCAGUAUUGCCUUAGGCGUACCACGUUAUUAGUAGUUGUUACUAUUCAGAUCACAACAGUCAGAGAAAGGACGAACAAUGGCAUUUUAACAACAAGGGAUCCAGCGAAGGACAUGGACAAUUAUACGAGAAAUGGUUGGAAUUGAACUUUACCAAUGUAAGAUGCCAAAUCUUAUUAGUCUCUCGAUAAGGUUCUAGAGGUAUCGAAGAAGUAACAACGACUGGUAGUGACCGAGUUAGCUCUGCAUUUACCAUCACGCCUCCCCAUGCUUGCCAUGUCCAACUACUAUGGGUCCAUGAGGAGUUGCCGCUCCGUCGAGCCUUCCGUCAGAAAUCCACAAAGACCAGCCUCCCUAACAAUACUGCGAAGAUAUCAAUCAUCAUUCUCGCUUAGUUCUGGCGUGAUGAUAUCGGCUACAUCAACACCUAGACCUGCUCUGUGUCCUCUUUGCCUCAUUGCUUGGCAGAGACGCCGUUGUAAGUGCGGCUAAAAUCUCCCAGUUCCGCUGCACGUGUCCGCCACAGAUCUUUGGUGCGAAUGAACUUGUUCGCUGUCCUGAAGCUUGAGCCGUCCUGUGUUGGCAUUGGUUCCUCUGAGAUGGCCUGGCGUGUAUGUGUGUGAGAGAGCCCCCGCUUUUGACAAGGUGCAAACGACGGCUGGCUGCAUCACAGGGCCGAGCUUGGACUGUACCACGUCCUCCCACCCUUUCCUGCAAACGACCAUUGGCUCGUUCCGUCCCAUUUUUUGUAUUAUAAUCGUUUGAUCGCAUGGUGGUUAUCAAUUGGUCCACUCAUCGAUGAGGGAGAAAUCUUGAGAGUGUUCUCGGUCGGUUAAGCUUUCCGCCACAAGAAAACACAGAACACAUGGCAAUACAAGGGAUUAACAAGCACGGAUACUUUCCCUGCUCAUUCAAAGCAAUACCAUCCAUUUUUGCCUUACCCCAGCCUUCUCUAUCCGUUUCUCCACAUGGGAAAUUCUCCGAUCCGCUUGAAGUGACACCGCCUCUUCGCAUCCGGUACCCUUGAGCGCUGAAUUAUUCUACCUGGCAAGCCGUCCCCGGCAGAUCGCAAACAAACGGUGGCACAGGCCGAAAGCCAACCCAUAUCCUGCGGAAAACUGCACGUACCACCCUGGCGAAAUGCACUGAAAACCCUUACUGCAAAUUGCGAAAGCCAAUCCCAACGUCAAGGAAUACGUUUCUAGCUGCUGCUCCUUACUGCUCCUGUCCCAGAUUUGACCAAGCUGUGAGGAAACCGAAGGUGACCUUUGGUUGGUUCGUUCCAUCUGAAUAUUAUUUGUCUUCUCGAAAGUUUGAUGCUUGGACCAAUGAAAUGAAUGGCCUUCGCUCCAGCGUUCAAUCUCAUAGAUUUCUGAAUGUAGUUGAUACUGCAAGCUGUUGCCGGGAGGUAGCCAGUUCACUUCCUAGCGGGAUCGAUCCUAUCGUCUUGAUCCAAUGGAUUGUAUAAGUCAGUAGCGCACGGUAGAGAGGGUGAUCGGCUUCAUGGUCUUCCCGCCUCGUAUGAGUGGGGUUCGAAACGUAUGGCCAGGUCCUGUCCGAAAAGAGGUCAUAACCCUGGGGAGGCAUCCCUUUCCAGCCACACAUGCAGUAAUGCAUGAGUGGUAACCAGGUUAGUGGUUUAUUUGGUGUCCAUACAUAUGACGCCCGGUUUCCAUAUGAGUGGAUUGGCGGUCGAUUGCCGUUGAGCUGCCGUCAUGCUGAAGAUCUUUGAGCGGAAGUCUCCGACUGAGCACUUGACAUCUGCAUCAUCCGAUGGGAGGUUGAAAUGCAGCUCCGAAAUUGGAGGGGUGUUCUGGCUUCCAUGCACUGACGUCGUUUUUUGUUGUUUGACAAGUCAGUCUUUGGCAAAUGCUUCGACUGAAAGCUCUGGUAUUUUUGGGGUCUCAUCGACGCAUUGGCCGGUCUUCAUACCAUGAAGCCUGGAACGAAGUCGGUAACAUUGUCACGGCAAGCAACUUUGGUUUGGACUCCAGGAUAGUUCUUCAUAUUUUCAGUUGCUUAACCCUGCCAGUUAACGUGCCAGAUCUCGAAGAGUUGAAAUUAGCAAUGACAUGAAGACGAUAUUCAUCGCCCCCUGCAGUUGCCAUUUCAAAUGUGGGGCAAUUGGAAAGUUGAGAUCGUAAGCUGUGCAUUUUUUGGGUAUUUGACUCUCCCUACCACAGUCAACUUACCUACGCAGUAUUUCAAAGCUGGGACUGCCAACUUUGCCCUUUUUGUCAACUUGUGUGGAUCCAGGGCACUUCGGAAAGCACGGCAACAUUAUUCCCCUUGUUGACACUCGCUAAAACUGCACGGCCACCACCGUGGAGGCUAAUUGAGUAAGUAACAAAACCUUGGAUCCACGGAACUUUAACGCCCUGAUGGUAUCUUUCGCGAUCGCGACUCUGGUUUAAUUUGACAUCCAUGUGCACAAUAGCCGUCAAAUCUCAA